GCCAUGGCGCCCUCGGGGCUCCUGGUGACCGGUGCCUCCUUCGCAGCCUUCCGGGGGAUGCACUGGGGGCUGCAGCUGCUGCCCACGCCGGCAUCUGCGGCUCAGGACCGUUGGAAGUGGCAGAACAUCUGUGUCUCCCUGGUGCACAGCCUGCUCACGGGGCCCGGGGCGCUGCUCGGGCUGUUGCUAUACCCUCAGAUGGCCGCCGACCCCAUUCAUGGCCACCCGCCCUGGGCCUUGGUGCUGGUGGCUGUAUCUGUGGGUUAUUUCCUGGCUGAUGGAGCCGACAUGCUGCAGAACCAGACCUUGGGCCAGGCCUGGGAUCUUCUCUGUCACCAUUUGGCGGUAGUGAGCUGCCUCGGCACCUCCAUUCUGUCCGACCACUAUGUGGGCUUCUCUGUGGUGUCUCUGCUCCUCGAGCUGAACUCCGCCUGCCUGCACCUAAGAAAGUUGCUGCUGCUUUCUCACCAGGCCCCAUCGUUGGCCUUCAGUGUGGCCAGCUGGGCCACCCUGGCCACCCUGGCCCUCUUCCGCCUGGCACCACUGGGGUGGAUGAGCCUGUGGUUGCUCCAGCACCACCACCAGGUGCCUCCUGCUCUGGUUGUCCUUGGUGGCACCGGGCUGGCCACUGUGGGAGCCAUGAGCAUCUCACAGGGUGUUCGCAUUUUGAUCAGUGAUGUCCUGCGGCCUCGGCCUCAUUCAUCCAACCCUGGGCACAGGGAAACUAGGGUCACCAGGACAUGCAAUGGGGAGCCUGCCACCAAGGAUGGUUCCCCUCUCGGCCUGAAAGACUAGGGAGAAGCCUCGGGUUCUUCUUCUGCCACUCUUGCGGGAGGUCGGAUCCGGGACAAGGAGAUGAUGGUCUUCAAUGCACAGCCCCCCAUUGGGGUAAGGACUGGACUGGAUUUUCAGUAUCUCAGUUCCUCUUCCAGCAAGUUCAUACCCCUCCCCCACUCCUAGGAUCUGAGAAGCAAUGCUAAUGUCGGUGGGUGGUUGGGAGUCUGGGCUAACGUUCAUUGCAUUUCAUCAUCAGAUAACCGUCCUCUCCAGAAAACUAAUUCAAGAGGUACAGCCAGUGCUACCAAUAGAGGGUGGCAGGACCCAUGAGGCUGAACGUAACUAGCAAGGGGAACAGAAACCCUUUGCUUUAGCACAGGGACAGAUGAGGGAAGGUGAAGUCUCACUAGGAGUAGAGAUCUGGUAUGGAGGGGGUAAGGCCGGAGGGAAGAGAGAUCUCACCUAUGACCAAAUUCUGGCAGUGGGAGGAGAACACCACGGGUGCUAUCUGUAGCCAGUAGUUAUGUAGACAUACCAGCUGCCAAGAGACCAAAGACCUGGGUCAUGGAGAUUGCUGCUGAUAUUUCUGGUUCUCAAAACCCCACUGUUGUGUUUGUACUUAACCUGAGUCCUACUGUGUCCAGCAUCUGCCUUUGCAAAAUUUAUUUUUAGAAUAUCUUGACCUUUCGAAGAAAAGGCAUAUUCUUAGAGGAAUGAACAUGGGGCUAGGUCUCCCUUCUUAGGACAGAGCCGGAGUAGGGACUCAAACACCCACUCUGGGUGCACAGUGUAGGGCAGUGGUUCUCAACCUUCCUAAUGCCGCGACCCUUUAAUGCAGUUCUUCAU